AUGGCCGCGGGUGGCGUGCUGAGCGUGGCGCGCGACUUCGCGCCGGCCUGGAGCGACUCGGCGGUCUGCGGCGACCUCGCUGCGUCGCAGCUCGCCUCGUGCACGCCCGACUCCGCGCGCUGCUUCCUGGACUUCCGCGCGCCGGACCCCGUGCGGGCGGGCUUCUACCGCCGCGAGUGCUACGACACCCGCGGGGACGUCGCGCGCGCCACCGCGCGCUCCCCGGCGGUGAUGGUGUCGGUUGCCCUGUGCGGUGUGUCGGUGGCGCUCCUGGCGCUGUGCUGCGUGCGGCGGGGCCGGGACGUCCUGGCCGCGCACCUGGGCGGCAUCGGCGCGUGCCUCGUCGCGGCGUGGUGCGUGCCGCCGCUCCUGGAGGGCGCCAGCGGGGCCUGGAUCAGCGCGCCCGUGGGCGACCCUGCCGCACGCGGCGUGCUGCUGGCGUGCGGCGCGGCGGCGCUGCUGGCGCCGUCGCGCGUGUCGUACGCGGUGCGGUGGUCGGUGGUGGUCGUCGUGGGGUGCUCGAUGGCGGCGGUGGCCUCCGUGCAGGCGUGGGAGCUGCAGGCACUGGGCGAGGCGGUGGCGGGCCCUGUGGCGGCGGCGGUGGCGGCGGCGGUGUGUCCGGCGGUGGCGUACGUGUGCGUGGGGUGGGCGCUGUUUCCCGGCGUGCCGCUGGUGCCGGCGCGGGCGGCGUCGUGGACGGGCGCGGUGGACGUGCAGGCGUGGGGCGACAAGCACCGGGGCGGGGGCUGCGCGUCGGUGAGGAGCGUGCCGCGGGCGAUCGCGGCGGCGGCGGGCUGCAUGGGGCUUCCGAUCGUCGCGGCCGUGCUCGGCAGCCUCGCGAUGUCGUACUUCCGCGUGGCCUUCGACGUUCCGCCGGCGCUGCUGUCCUGCGGGGCGCUGCUGGCGGCCGGCGGGGCCGCGCGGCUGCUGUACGUGGUGUCGCUGGUGCAGAACGGCGUGGUGGCGGACUACGUGCCGCCGCAGGCGUCGGCCGCGCUGCUGGCGUCGGCGAUCCGCCGCGGGCUGUCGUCGACGAACCCCUUUUGCGACAGACACUCCAGCGUCAGCCGGUCUGCCCACGGCCAGUCGUUCUCCCUGGCACAGGGCCUCUCGCUCACCCUCGGCAAGCCCAUGGCGAGCCGCUUCAGCAUGACGCAGGCGCGUCCGUCCCUCAAGUCGAUCAUCGAAGCCAACCGCAAGUCAGGAGUCUCCAAGCCCAGGCGGCUGUCGCACCUGGCACCCCCGGCUGCACGCACCGCGCAUGCGGACGUCCGCUCCGCGCUGUCCUUCACUGUCGCGCCGGCGACGCGCCAGGCGAGGCAACUCAAGGUCCGCAUCAGCCCCGAUCUUCCCAAGACGUCGUUGUUGCGGAAGCUGUCGCCGCCGUCGCCGCUCGGGCAGCAGGCGUCUAACAAAUCGACAGGCGUGUACGUGUCCACGUCGGGAAAUCUGCUGAGCACCGCCGGCAGCGCGCCCGUGACUGCCCCCAGGACGAUGCUGUCGACCGCAGGCUCGCGGCAGGGCCGCUCUUCUGCACUGAAGCGCGUCAGCCAGUCGGUUGACGCGUCGGGGCAGCAGACGACCCUCGGCGACGUCCUCCCUGUCCAUGCGAGUUCAGCGAUCGACAUCGACGUGCAGACUGCGACGGUGGCCGCGCCUGCCGCUGCCGCUGCUCGGCUCGCCCAGUCGAGCGUUGCAGACGGCGUGGCAGCUGUCAGCGUGCUCGAGUGCGCCCGCCUCACGGGUCCCGGGGCCUCGCGCCCUGGCUGGGCGAAGACGAUCCCUUCCUGGAACGCCCGUCGGUCUGGCGGUCCAGUCCCCGUGGUGCGGUCGACGCACCCCAGCCCGUUCCGUGCGCCCGCCAAAAGCGUGGAGUUCCUGCGCUCCGUGGCGAGCACGGUCGACGACAAGCUCCGCAGCGUCGCAACCUUCGACACCUGCGACCUCGACAGCGGCAGGAAGCGCCGGGCCCUCUGCAAGCGCACCCACCUGGCGGUCUCGGUGGUCUUCAGCGACAUCGUGGGCUACACGGCCAUGAGCAGCACGCGAGCGGGCGCGGAGGUCCUCGACAUGCUCAACGAGUACUUCUCCCGCCUCGACGCCGUGGUCGACAUGAUCGGCGUGGACAAGGUCGAGACCGUCGGCGACGCGUACAUCGUCGCGUGCAACCUCUUCGAGCCCGACGACAACCACGAGGUGUCGGCCAUGCUCAUGGCCGAGGCCAUGCUGCGCGUGGCGGCGACGGUCCCGUGCCCGUCCAACGCCAGCGGCCACCUCGAGAUCCGCGUGGGCGUGCACACGGGCCCGCUGUGCUCGGGCAUCCUCGGCACGAAGCGCAAGCUCGUCACGCUCGUGGGCGACACCAUGAACACCGCCGCCCGCAUGGAGCAGACCUCGCGCCCCGGAUGCGUGCGCGUGACGAGCGCGACGUGGAGCGGGCUGCCGGCGCCGCUGCAGAAGCUGCUCGAGCCCGAGAGCAUCGCCGUCAAGGGGAAGGGCGUGAUGGCGACGUACGUGUUUGACCCGACGCGGGACGGGACCGACGGGGCGCCGGGACCUGCGCCCGGGCCCAGCGGGUCGCUAAUGGGCAAGUCGCUGGCGCUCGUGCUCGCGCAGGAGGCGACGGACGCCUCCGAGCGUGGAGCCGGCUGGCACGCUUGA